AUGAAUGUGGAUCUGAUAAAGGAUAUUUCUUAUGAGGAGGUGACGGCAAUAGUGAAGUCUAUGAAUCCUCUAAAAGCCUCGGGUCCUGAUGGGCUAGAGUGGGUGAUGAAUUGUGUUGAAACUGUCUCCUACUCAGUUGCGGUAAAUGAAAAGGCAGUGUCUACAGGGUCUAUACAAGGUAUACGUAUAGUUAGAGGGGCUCCUUGCCUUACUCAUUUAUUAUUUGCGGAUGACUGCUUGUUUUUUGGUGAAGCAACUUCUUAUGGGGCUUCGACUAUAGAGAAUAUCCUGGAUGUUUAUUCUAAAUGCUCGGGUCAGCUGAUCUAUUAUGAGAAAUUGAGGGUUUUCUUCAACUCUAAUGUAGUUGAUUCUAAUAAAUGGGAUGAUUACCAAAUUUUGGAAGUUAGUAGAACAAACUGCCCAGAGAAGUAUUUGGGCAUGCCUGCAAUUGUGGGUAGGAAUAAAAAGAAGGCUAUUGCGGAGUUGGUUGAUAGAUUUGAAAGCAAAAUCAAUAGUUGGAGUUCUAGACAGCUUUCGAUGGGUGGGAAGGAGGGAUGGAGACUCCUUCAUCAUCCUGAUUCUCUCGUGGUGAGAGUUUUCCAUGCAAAAUAUUAUCCUUCCUCGACUUUCUCGAAGGCGACCCUAGGGGCAAAUCCUUUGCUGAUUUGGAGAAGUGUUUGGAGUAAUAGAGGUCUCCUAGAUUAUGGAUUGUGUUGGAAAAUUGGGACUGGGAAUUCAGUGUCCAUUUGGAAUGAUUUUUGGUUGGUUCAUGAAGGUAAGAAUCAAAGUGCUGAGGAAGUUAUAUCUUUUGUUAGGAGUUACUUGACUGAUUUAAAUGCUUUAGUUGGUCCUCUUCAACACCAAAACAACGCGUCUGAAGCUCGUUGGUUACCUCCUGUCGACCCAUUUGUGAAAAUCAAUGUGGACUCCAAUUUCUUGCAUCAAAUGGAGAAGGCAUGCUCAGGUAGUAUUAUUAGAGAUGUUUUUGGCGAAAUAAUAGGUGCCAAUUGUCGAGUGACUUACCUGGUUGAUUCGGCAUUUGUAGCAGAGGCACUGGCUUUUUUCAUGGUCUCUGUUUCGCGCAAGAAAUGGGUUUCAGGCGACUCAUAG